UCCAGCACUCGGCAGCAUCAUGGCACCUAUCGGAUUAAAGGCGGUGGUCGGUGAAAAGAUUAUGAAUGAUGUAAUCAAGAAGGUGAAGAAGAAGGGAGAAUGGAAGGCACUGAUCGUGGACCAGCUGAGCAUGAGGAUGUUGUCGUCCUGCUGCAAGAUGACAGACAUCAUGACAGAGGGCAUCACCAUCGUGGAGGACAUCCUGAAGCGACGAGAGCCUCUUCCCAGCCUGGAGGCCAUUUACCUGAUUACACCCACAGAGAAGUCUGUCCACACCCUUAUCGCAGACUUCAAAGACCCUCAUUCAGCUAAAUACAAGGCAGCCCAUGUUUUCUUCACUGACUCCUGCCCCGAUCCUCUCUUCAACGAGCUGGUGAAGAGCCGCGCUUCCAAAACCAUCAAGACUCUGACGGAGAUCAACAUCGCUUUCUUGCCCUACGAGUCUCAGGUUUACUCUCUGGACAAUCCCGAUGCCUUCCACAGUUUCUACAGCCCCCAUAAGACCCAGCUGAAGAACCCGGUGAUGGAGAGGCUGGCUGAGCAGCUGGCUACGCUCUGUGCCACCCUGAAGGAGUACCCUGCUGUCAGAUACCGAGGCGAGUACAAGGACAAUGCCACACUGGCCCAACUGGUUCAAGACAAACUGGACGCCUACAAGGCUGAUGACCCCACUAUGGGAGAGGGUCCAGAUAAGGCUCGCUCACAGCUGAUCAUCCUGGACCGGGCGUUUGACCCCGUCUCUCCCGUUCUGCAUGAGCUCACCUUCCAGGCCAUGGGCUACGACCUGCUGCCCAUCGAAAAUGACGUCUAUAAGUACGAGAGCAGUGGCGUUGGAGAUUCUCGUGAGAAGGAGGUUCUGCUGCAUGAAGACGAUGACCUGUGGGUGAGCCUGAGACACAAACACAUAGCGGAGGUUUCCCAGGAAGUGACCCGUCAGCUGAAGGACUUUUCUGCCAGCAAGAGGAUGAACACUGGGGAGAAGACCACUAUGAGGGAUCUGUCCCAGAUGCUGAAGAAGAUGCCUCAGUACCAAAAGGAGCUCAGCAAGUACUCCACUCAUCUGCAGCUGGCUGAGGACUGCAUGAAGCAUUACCAGGGAACAGUGGACAAGCUGUGCCGUGUGGAACAGGAUCUGGCUAUGGGCACGGACGCUGAGGGAGAGAAGAUCAAAGACCCCAUGAGGGCUAUCGUGCCCAUCCUGCUGGACGCCAACGUCACCACGUACGACAAGAUCCGCAUCAUCCUGCUCUACAUUUUCCUCAAGAAUGGCAUCACGGAGGAGAACCUGAACAAGCUGAUCCAACACGCUCAGAUUCCCCCUGAGGACAGUGAGAUCAUCACCAACAUGGCUCACCUGGGCGUCCCCAUCGUCACAGAUUCCACCCUCCGCCGAGGAAAGAAGCUGGACAGGAAGGAGCGUGUGAGUGAGCAGACCUAUCAGCUGUCCCGCUGGACACCACUGGUCAAGGACAUCAUGGAGGAUGCUAUUGAUGAUAAGCUGGACACCAAGCACUACCCCUACAUCUCUACCCGCUCCUCUGCCUCCUUCAGCACCACUGCAGUCAGUGCUCGGUACGGCCACUGGCACAAGAAUAAGACUCCUGGAGAGUACCGCACUGGGCCACGUGUCAUGGUCUUCAUCAUUGGCGGCGCUUCCUUCAGCGAGAUGCGCUGCGCCUAUGAGGUCACACAGGCCAAUGGGAAGUGGGAGGCCGUCAUUGGAUCGACCCACAUCUUCACCCCCACCAGCCUGCUGGAGCAGCUCAAGGCCAUGAACAAACCAGACGAGGAAGUAACAAGCUAAAAUCCUCCAAUCACUUCUCUCACAUCUUUACCUUAAUCCUCCCCCUUCUACCCAUCCUACCUCUGUUUCCUGCCCCCUACAUUAACUGUGUAUGCAUCCUGCUUGAGAAGAAAAAGACAUCUUAGAUGAUAAAAAAAAUAUAUAUGAUGUAUCAAAGAAUAAUAUUGUUGCAAGUAUUCUCAUGUUUUACAAUGGAUGCAACUAAAUGAACUAAUUUAAAAAGAUUUAAAUAUCUGAACAGAAGGCCAUUUAAAACUGAAAGUACCAAAAUGUAAUAUUGUAUGCUAUAACACCUGUGCAAAGGUAGACAUUUUCUCUUGUUUGUUCCUUCUGGGUUUCCUCCUUGGUGUGUGUUUUAAUGGAAGCGGGUCGAGUAGGGAUGUGUAGUUUGAGAGAUUGAUCCUAAAAUAUAUCAUAUCGGUCAACAUGCAAUACAUAUAAAAAUCUAUUCAUCAGAGGAGUUCCCCUUGCCCGUUUGAAAUGUUCGUAUACAGUAGCAUGCUUGGAUUUGUGUGGACUGUUAAUGUGUUUGUAUCCAUUGUGGACGUUCUGGAAGCCGCAGAGUUAGCACUUAGCUUUUUCCUAAGAUGUUGAGCUUGAAUAUGUCACCGAAAACCUUUGUUUUGAGUAUCGAAACGUCAAAAUACACGCUUUAAAACCACUUCUGAAGCGUUAUACAUUACUCAACGGUCCAUCUGUAAACUUAGCUGCCUGCUCAUAAGGUUAAACCAUGGCACUGUAAAUUCAAUGCAUUAUACUCAUAAUAUUCUAUCCACCACAUUUAUAUGUGACGGUAGACUAAAUAUUAAUAUAACAGACAGUAUGCAACAGC